AUGAGAUUUUUUUCAAGGAGAAUGCUGAAGACUCUGACUUCAAUGUGUAUUUUGAUAUUGGUUGUCGUGACCGUUGCAUUCUACAUAAUAUCCUCGAACGAAAAUUAUUCUCAAGCGGUCAAGGAUGCUGCAAAGUCUCAAUAUGACACUCUGAGGGAUAGCUACAAUAGCUUAACAGGUAACACUGGAAACCCCACGAAAUUGCCUGAGCAUGAAUCUGAGGUGGACGAAAUAUUGGAAAGACUACAUGAGCCUCUCUAUGCCAAAGACUCUUUUGACGUAAAUGAUGUCCUUGCUGAAAAUAUUCAAUUUUACGAUGAGAUUUUAUCCCAAGAAAUUUCAGAGCCCAAAGUAGACAAUUUGGUACGCAGCGGGGAUCCACUUUCGGGCAAGGCAAAAGGCACGAUUCUAAGUUUGGUGAGAAACAUAGAUUUGGAGGACAUCAUAUCAUCCGUUCGACAGUUGGAGGAAGAGUAUAAUAAGAACUUUGGCUACCCCUAUACAUUCUUGAACGAUGAGGAAUUUACGGACGAAUUCAAAGACGCAAUUAAAAGAAUAUUGCCUAAGGACCGUCUAGUUGAAUUUGGUACCAUUGAUCCUGGUAAAUGGAAUAUUCCGGAUAGCAUUGACAAGGAUAAAUAUCAUGAGAAGAGCGCUGAAAUGGCAAAGGAAGGCAUUCACGGCGCUGAAGCGGUAUCCUAUCAUAAUAUGUGCCGUUUCUAUUCCAAAGAAUAUUACCACCAUCCCCUGCUAUCUAAGUAUAAAUAUGUGUGGAGAUUAGAACCAAAAGUUAGUUUCUACUGCAAAAUUGAAUACGAUGUUUUCCAAUUCAUGAGCAUGAACGAUAAGAUUUACGGGUACGUCUUGAAUGUUUAUGAAAGCCCAAAAACUAUCAAAACGCUAUGGACCUCUACUAUGGAUUUUGUCAAAGAACAUCCAAACUACUUAAACGUUAAUGGGGCUUUCGGAUGGCUAAAGGACAACUCUCAAAACCCGCAGAAUUAUGAAGAUACUCAAGGGUACUCUACUUGCCAUUUCUGGACUAAUUUUGAAAUAGUCGAUCUAGACUUUUUAAGAUCAGAACCUUAUGAACAAUACAUGCAAUAUCUUGAAGAGAAAGGGGGAUUUUAUUAUGAGAGAUGGGGUGACGCCCCUGUAAGAAGUUUGGCACUUGCCUUGUUUGCGGACAAGUCGCGCAUUCAUUGGUUUAGGGAUAUAGGUUACUACCACAUUCCUUACACAAACUGUCCAACCUGUCCAAAAGAUUCGGAUAGAUGUAACGGGGACUGUGUACCGGGGAGAUUCAGUAUUUGGAGUACUUUAAACGACCAGAAUUGUCAGGCAAUAUGGAUCAAACACUCUAUGACAGAUGAGCAGUUGGAUAUGUAUUGA